AUGCUCUUGCUUUCCAUCCCAGAGGUCCUCUCAGAGGUCUUCUCUCAUCUUGACCCCUACCUGCACGAGAGCUUCGCCGCCAUUCUUCCAGAGCGACAUAUUCUGCAGACUGACAGAUCCGCGCUGUCCACCUUGGCGCUAUCUGCCCGCGUUUGUCGCUCCUUCGCUGAAGCUGCCCUCGAUGUCCUUUGGAGCACGGUGUCCGAUCUGGGAACGGUGCUGUCCCUGAUCGACCACUUGUCACUGGGGACCAACGACUCCAUACCGGAGAGCGAUAACACCAUUGUACCGGGAUCGCCACGCUGGCGCUGGCACCGAUUCAGGUGGUACUCCUCGCGCGUGCUCUCCCCCACAACCCGCUUUUCCCUCGUCUCCGCCACUUCACUUGCCACUUGGAUCAUAGCCCUUCCAAAGACCCUCUGCGCUCAGUUCAUGGUUCCGCCGACCUUGCGCACGCUCGCUGUGCGGCUCUAUAGCGGGGCGAUCGCCCCCAGGGUCCCUUCCCAGACCACCAAGACGAACUGCGCAAGCACCCUCCAGCAAGCCACAGCGCUCGACGCAGACACCGACGACAAGGGCCUGCCCGAGGACGUCUCCGCCAUGCUCGCCGGCUGCCACCUCCCGCCCGUGUCCGCGCUCUCCCUCGCCCUGCGCCUCGGCGGCCGCUCGCCCUGCGCCCUCGCCCUCCAGUCCGCCCGCGCCGCCGUCUCCCCCAGCGCCGCGGCGCUCACCCGCAUCGCGCUCCGUCUCCCCGGGUGCGCCAUCACCAACGACGGCGGCGGCCCGCGGACGGGCGCGCCCGCGUUCGCCCCCCUCGUCGCGCCGCUGCUCGCGGGCGGGCUCCCGCACGUCGCCGCGUUCGAGUGCAUGGUGCCCCGGCGGUGGGUCGCGUUCGGGGACGCGGACCUCGAGGCGCUCGCGCGCGCCUGGCCCGCGCUCACCCGGCUCCUCGUCCGGCACUCCUCCUUCCUGGACGACGAGUCGUCGCUGGGCCCGCACAGCCCGACCUGGGCCGGCGUCGCGCACGUGGCGCUCGCAGAUAUCUACAUACUUGUCUAA